ACUGCGCAAGUUGGGUGCUGGACGUGGCUAGGUUCGAAAUGUAAUUCUUGACCCACGCUGGGAUAUGCUCCGCGAUGCUCACCCGCAACUGGCGCUCUGUCAUGCCUAUCUUCUUGUCGAUUCCUCAAAGAAACUAGUGUCUUGGAGGACGGUGCGGAAAGGUCGUGAUUGAGUUCAGGAUCGUUUCCCAUAGAAAACGAUACUUGUUACAUGCGCAUCUUUUGAGUUGUUCUUGAUCUCACCAAUUACGCUCGGGUUUCCUACCGUUUUUACUUAAUCUGCAAUGAUCCAGUGUUCCAGGAAAUGACACACUUGCGUUUCACCUGUUCGGCAUUCCUGCGAAAACCGGCGUGCAGAAUGAUGGGCGCAUAAACGUGGGGCAUUUGGUAGAGGAAAGCAGAUACCCGAGUGUUGUCAAUAUAUCUGGAGUCUACUCGCUCACUAUGUGCAAUGUCGCUGAUUUCUCUUCGAUUUCGAUGUCAGAGCACAGGAAUCAGGUUCCGGAACUUGCUAACAUCUGGUAUCAAAUCAUCGCACUGGAUACUCGUUUUAGCCACAUCCGGCCCUGUAUGCAUGAUGAUAGUACGAACCGCCAAUUGUACCUUCGUCGGCGUCACCAACUUUUUAGAGAACGGUCUAAACUGCUUGAUCCAGGAACGGAUAAUUUUGCCACGUUAACACGAAGGCAGCAUUACCACAACCUUCGUGAUCACUUGCUUUCGGCCCUUUAUGGGAAGUCACCUACAUUACAAUGUCCCACUUCCAAAUCAUGUAGCCGUGCGGAGACGACUAGUUUCUCUGGCAGUCUUCAGAACGGCUCCCCUCUGAGCACUUCGGUCCUCGAAGCGUGCAAUGAUCCGUACGACGAGCCGACCUCGAAUAACAGCCUAGAAUUGCCCUGUAGAGAGACGAGGGCGAUUGUUGGUGGUCAUACCUUCUCGGGUAUUGAACACGUUUUUGCUCAUCAUAAGGGGGCCAUCAACCGUCUCAGAUUUGCAAACAAUGACAAUACACGUUUGGCCAUCGCCUCAGCCGACGGAACCAUCUCGAUUUGCUGUGCGUGGCCUCCUGAUGUCCCCAAACAGGUUAUACACAUUCUCACCGGUGGCCAUCAACGCCAGGCUGCUGUGACCGACGUCGUAUGGUCGCUGUCCAAUGACUUCCUGGCCAGCACCAGUGUAGACGGAACAGUGUGUAUGUGGAACACUUCGAGUGGAAUAUUGGCUAGACACUACUCCACUCAGUCGUUACAAGUCGGGCCUGUCUUGGUGUGCGGGUUUCAACCCCAAAACUACAAUUUACUGGUCGUAGGAGGGGCUUGGGGUGUAAUUCAGACCAUGAAUCUGUCGACUGGGAAGCCAAUCAAAAAGGGAAGAGAUCAAGUACAUUCUACUAGUUUUCAAACUCACAAAUUAACUGGGGUGUUGAAUUUUACGAGCUACGGUCAAGGAUGCGUCACUGCCCUCGCAUUUGAGGCGGCUUUUGGCACGUGUCUGUGGGUCGGUACUGAUCGCGGAAUUAUACAGUCGUACAUUUGCCAACCAUCGACCGGUCGCCUCACACGCGCUCAUAGGCAUCACAUUGGGCGCCAUUGCGCAAUUCCCAUCGCAUCAACUACGGAUAGUGGCUCUGACUUUGGGUCCUCAUCGUCGUUCGUUGUCCGUCUCUCUACAUUGGGGCUUUCCGAAAUACAGAAACUAUCUGGAUUCCGUCUUAAACUCCCCUCUUCUAAUGUCACGGAAAAAUUCGCUCAAUUUUCUAGUGUCACCUGCUUAUCAGUUUACUCCUGGCUUUCUCGUGAGACGAGUGAUUCUUUUUUACUUGCUAAUGCAGCUGGUCUGGGUUUGUUGCUUUUCAGAAUAACUCCAUCGACUGGAAUCCUUAGCUCUAGACGCCAGUUUCCUCUUGUUCAUCACCCACCUGAUCCGGCUACUCGUUCGGGACUUCGUUUGUUACACUCAUGUUUCGCACCAUUGUUAUCUUUCCGCUCCGGUGCUUGUGCUGUGACUGCGAGCGAAGAUUCCAAUGUGUACAUCUUCAACAUCUUCGACAAGCAGAUGUAUACCAGCCCUUCAUCUUCUAUACUGUCUACUGUUCUUCGCGGUCACACGACAGCUGUAUUGGACGUGGCCAUCGGUUGGGAUGAAGGCAUACUAGCAUCUGGCGAUGAACUCGGCUCGGUGAUUAUCUGGCAUCGCAUUGAUCUGGAUAAUUAAACUGCACUAACACGUUAACUAGCCCUAUGUAAAUAAAGGCGAAAACGUGAUAAAAUCGAUAGAUACAUUUUUUCUGC